UGCCUGCCUCUGUCACUGGGAGACAGUUCUCUUAAAUGCUGCUUCAGGGCUGUGGGCUACCCACCAGCAUCACUGCCCAAGGGAGGUGGCAAAUGCAACAUGUUCUCCAGCUUGGGGUGUCUACUUCUCUGUGGAAGUAUUGCACUAGUCCUGGGAAAUGCACAGAAAUUGCCAAAAGGUAAAAGUCCAAGCCUGAAAGUCCACAUCAAUACUACCAGUGACUCCAUCCUCUUAAAAUUCCUGCGCCCAAGUCCUAAUGUAAAACUGGAAGGUUUUCUCCUUGGAUAUGGCAGCAAUGUGUCACCAAACCAGUACUUCCCUCUUCCCACUGAAGGAAAAUACAAUGAAGCUGUAGUAGAUGCAGAGCCCAGAUAUCUGAUUGUCGUACGACCUGCACCUCCUCCAAGUCAGAAGAAGAAAUGUUCAGGUAAAUCACGCACUCGUAAACCUCUCCAGCUGGUGGUUGGCACCCUGACUCCAAGCUCAGUCUUUUUGUCCUGGGGUUUCCUCAUCAACCCACACCAUGACUGGACAUUGCCAAGUCACUGUCCCAAUGACAGAUUCUAUACAAUUCGUUAUAGAGAAAAGGAUAAGGAAAAGAAAUGGGUAUUUCAGCUCUGUCCAGCCACUGAAACAAUUGUGGAAAAUCUAAAGCCCAACACCGUUUAUGAAUUUGGAGUGAAAGAUAAUACAGAAGGUGGAAUUUGGAGUAAGAUUUUUAAUCACAAGACUAUUGUUGGAAGUAAAAACAAAGUAAAUGGGAAAAUCCAAAGUACUUCUGACCAAAUUCACACAGUGCCAUCUUAUGUCCCAAGGAAGAUAAUACCAGUAACAAUAAUCAAGCAAGUGAUUCAGAAUGUUACUCAUAGGGCUUCAACUAAAUAUCCAGAUAAGACUCCUUUUGGAGGGACAAUACUAGUCCACCUUGUUAUUCCAGGUCUUAAUGAAACCACCAUAAAACUUCCCACAUCCAUGAUGUAUGAUAUUUCUGAUGCAAUCAAGACACAACUAGCUAAGAAUGAAACUUUGCCAUUGCCUGCUGAAUCUAAAACACCAGAAGUAGAAAAAAUCUUAGCUCAUCCCCUAACCGUGACUCCUGAAUCAAUUCCAAGAACCACUAAAUCCGCUGUGUCUAGUGCUCUAGACAUUUCAGGAACAACACUGGCUCAAAAAAAACUUCCGGAGUUUCCUCAGGCAAAAACACCCUUCCCCUUUGAGAAACCUGAGGGCACCUUGGCUUCAAGUAAAAAGCCAUGGGUUCUGUCUACAACUAAGACAUCUGAAGACCUCAAAGAUCUACAAUUCCAAACUGCUACAUAUGAUGUUUUCUCAAACCCUCCAACAUCACAGCUUGAAAUAUCAGAGUUCCACACAGCAACAAGCAAUCCUAUCCUGGAUUCUGUCCCACCUAAAACUUCUAGACCUCUUGAACAGCCAAGGGCAACACUGGCUCCAAGUGAAACAUCAUUGAUUCCUCAAAAAAUGGAAAUCUUUAUCAGUCCUGAAAUGCAGCCUACAACAUCUGCUCCCAUGAAAACUACCUCUGCCCCUUCUACACCUAGACAACGUCCCAGACCCAAAAAACCAAGAACUAAACCUGAAAGAACCACAAGUCCUGGAACAAUUACAUCUAAAAUUUCUAAAAUUCCUGAACCUACACGGAUAACCCUGGCCCAGGUACCUCAGACUCCACCACCAACACAAUCAACAAUAGGAUUUGGAACACUGACAACCAAACCUCCAACAACAACAUUAGCUCCACGAAAGACCAAGCGACCAGGUCAUCGUCCCCAUCCCCGCCCCCGUCCCCGUCCUAAAACUUCACCUAGUCCAGAUGUGCCCAAGUCCAAACCUGCACCGAAACCAUCCAAAAGACCUGAAACCACCCAUAAGCCAGAGGCACCUUCCAUGCAUCCUGAGAUAAAACCACCAGAGCAUCCUAAACCCCAACUCAUAGCACAACCAGAUAUGCCUCCAACUAAAUCCGUCCUUGAGCCUGUUACAUUUGAGGUGGAAGUUCCUUCCAAGACCAUAGUUCUUGCCACAAAUACUGAACCUAUAAUCCUGAGAACAGAAGCCACCUGGACUACAUUAGUUCCAAAAACAUCACAGCGAAUGAGAACUCGCCGUCCACAUCCCAAACGUAGAACCACACCAAGCCCAGAGGUACCUCAGAGUGAAUUAGACCCUCAACCUAUUACUCCUGGGACACCUCUAGCACCACCAACAAAGAGGCCCCGACGUCCAAACCCCAAACGUAAAACCACACCCCCUCCAGAAGUAUCUCAGCCAAAACUGGUUGCCCCCUCUGAACCUGUUGUUCUUAGAAGUGAGGCUCCAGUGACGGCAGUAGCUCCAAAAGUUCCUCAAAGAACUCACCAGCCACACCUCAAGCCUAAAAUCACACCAAGUCCUGCAGCCCCUCAGACUGAACUGGUUCCUGCUACAGUCUUUGAACCAGUUACUCCUAUAAAAGAUACUCCAGACACAACAUUUGUUCCUGUUACAGAUCUCAAACCUGUUACUUUUACUACUCCUGGGACAUUAGUUACUAAAGUAUCACACAGAACCCGUCGUCCACGUCCCAGACCUAAAACUACACGAAGACCUCAUGUACCUCAGACCAGACCGGUUCCUGCUACAGCCCUUGAUCCUGUCACUCUUGGGCCUGAGACGCCACCACCAACAUUAGCUCCUAAAACAUCUCAACAGACACAACAUCCAUUCCCCACACCAAAACCUGUACCACAUCCUGAAGCACCUGAGUUCAAACCAGUUCCUACUGCAGUCCUUGAACCUGUUACAUUCAAAACUGAGUCUUGGGUGACAACACAAGCUCCUAAAAAAUCAAAGCGGCCCCAUCGUCCGAAACCCAAAUCUAGAACAACAACUACUGAGACACCUCAAACCAAACCGGUUCUUGUUACAGAUCUUGAACUUGGUACUCUUAGAACGGAAGCCCCAGAAACCACGGCGCCUAAAACAUCUCGCCGAACACGCCGUCCACGUCCCACACCCAAAACCACAGCAAGUCCUGAAUUGCCUCAGGCCAAACCCGUUAUGGAAUCUAUCACAGUUGUGUCUGAGCCACCAAUGACCACGUUAGAAGCAUCACCUCUGACUCCUCAAACUAUAAUCCUACCGAGCCCAGAUGAGCCUCAGACUGAAUUGGUUCCCAAGCAAGCCCCGCAUGCUCCUCCCAAACCAAAAACAUCUCUGCGUCCAAGAAUCCCACAAACACAACCAGCACCAAGAGAUGUGCUCCUUCCCCAUCAACCAGACCCUGAUGUCUCUCAGAGUGAACCUGUUCUGCAACCUGUUACCUUUAGAAUUGAACUGCCAGAGACAACAAUAGCUCCUUUAGAGACACAUGGCAGCCCGCUCAUACCUGUGAUUUCACCAAGUCCUAGUCAAGAGGAACUGCAGACCACUCAGGAAGAAACAGACCAAUCUACCCAAGAACUCUUCACAGCUAAGAUUCCACAAACAGCUGAAUUGGCAAAGACAACUCAGGCACCACACAGAUUGGAUACUAGUACUGUAAGGCCCAGAAUUCCCGACAAACCGUACCUCCGACCUAUUCUGAAUAAAACAACUGCAAGGCCUAGUAGACCUAGAACCAGUGGAACACUCAAGGAGAAUGGAACAGAAACAGGAAUCAAGCAGCCACCAAAGCCAUCGGGUGCUGGGAGAAAUGUGUCAGUGGACAUUGUCCACUCCACAAAAAAACCAGGAACUCGUCGUCCACCCUUGCUACCUAGACCUACACCCCCUCGAAGAAAACCUUUACCACCAAAUAAUGUCACUGGAAAGCCAGGAAGUGCAGGGAUCAUUUCCUCAGGACGAAUAACUUCCCCACCCUUGAAAACAACGUUUAGACCAACUGGAGUCCCCUCAGAGGGACCAGAGACAGAUAAGAAGCAACCAACAGCUCCUGCUUCAGGAGAAGAUCUUGAUAACAUGACUAACUUUAGCUCAAACCCAACAAGAGAAACUGAUCAUCUUGGGAAGCCCAUAUUCAAAGGUUCUCAUGUGCGAUAUAUUCCGAAGCCUGAUGACAGCCCCUGCUCUAUCACUGACUCUAUCAAACUGUUCCCUAAAGAGGAAUCUAUAGAAGGGAAUAUCACAAGCCCACCGCAGAACCCACCUACCAAUCUCACUGUGGUCACUGUGGAAGGAUGCUCCUCCUUUGUUAUCUUGGACUGGGAAAAGCCACUGAAUGACACUGUCACUGAAUAUGAAGUUAUAUCCAGAGAAAAUGGGUCACUCAGUGAGAAGAGCAAGGACAUUCAGAUUACAAAUCAAACCUUCUCCACAGUUGAAAAUCUAAAACCAGACACAAGCUAUGAAUUCCAAGUGAAACCCAAAAACCCACUUGGUGAAGGCCCAGUCAGCAACACAGUGGCAUUUAAUACUGAAUCAGCUGACCCCAGAGUGAGCGAGCCAGUUUCUGCAGGAAGAGAUGCCAUCUGGACUGAGAGGCAUUUUAAUUCGGACUCCUAUUCAGAAUGUAAAGGAAAACAGUAUGUCAAAAGGACAUGGUACAAAAAGUUUGUAGGAGUGCAGCUAUGCAACUCCCUCAGAUAUAAGAUCUAUCUGAGUGACUCCCUCACAGGAAAAUUUUAUAACAUAGGUGAUCAGAGAGGAUAUGGAGAAGACCACUGUCAGUUUGUGGACUCAUUUUUAGAUGGACGCACAGGACAGCAACUUUCUUCUGACCAGUUACCCACCAAAGAAGGCUAUUUCAGAGCAGUUCGCCAGGAACCUGUUCAGUUUGGAGAAAUAGGUGGUCACACUCAAAUCAAUUAUGUCCAGUGGUAUGAAUGUGGGACCACAAUUCCUGGAAAAUGGUAGAGAAUUAGAGUGCCUUCUCUUUUAACAUGGUAAAAAAAAAAAAAAAAAAAAAAGAUACCUUUGUAUCUGUCAUAUUCCUUUAAAGCUGUUAUGUUUACUAUGUAUAAAAGUUUUAAAUCUAAUCAAUAGCAAUAUUAAUGUUUAUUAGAAAAGAAAGAUGGCUGAGGUAUUUAUCAGGUUUUACAAAGUCAUUUUAAAGAAACAAGAUAUUAGCAAAACAUUUGUUUGGGAAGCUGGCUCCCUAAGACAUGGUAUUUUUAAGAGAUCAUUUGUAUAUUAUUAUUUAUCACGUUGUAAUGUUUUGAGAUGCUUUUAUAACAAAAUUAACAUAAAAACCUAAUAUACUUUAAAAAUUAA